GCCUGCAGUGCGCUGAGGACGCCGCGCGAGCAUGUACCGGCUCCUGAGCCCGAGCCUGGGCCGAGGCCUCCUGCGGGCCGCGGGGCGGCGGUGCCGGGCCUGCUCCGCGCACUUGCUCCCGGGGCCCGCGGGAGGCCGGGCGCCUGAGGUAGGGGUGCCGGCACCCCGAGUCGCGCCGCGCGGCGGAGGCCCGGGCCUGCUGCCGCUGCUGGCAGCGCUCGCCUGGUUCUCGAGGCCUGCUGCGGCAGAGGAGGAGGAGGAGCGGCAGGGAGCGGGCGGGGCCGCCGCCGAGGGCGCGGCGGACGAGGCCGAGGCCGAGAUCAUUCAGCUGCUAAAGCGAGCCAAGUUGAGCAUCAUGAAAGAUGAGCCAGAAGAGGCUGAGUUAAUUUUACAUGACGCUCUUCGUCUUGCCUAUCAGAGCGAUAACAGGAAGGCCAUCACUUACACUUAUGAUUUGAUGGCCAACUUAGCAUUUAUACGGGGUCAGCUUGAAAAUGCGGAAAAACUUUUUAAAGCAACAAUGAGUUACCUGCUUGGAGGGGGCAUGCAACAGGAGGACAAUGCAAUCAUUGAAAUCUCUCUAAAGCUGGCCAGUAUCUAUGCUGCUCAAAAUAGACAGGAAUUUGCUCUUGCUGGCUAUGAAUUCUGCAUUUCAACUCUAGAGGAAAAAAUUGAAAGAGAAAAGGAAUUAGCAGAAGACAUUUUGUCAGUGGAAGAGAAAGCCAGCACCCACCUCCUCCUGGGCAUGUGCUUAGACACCUAUGCUCGCUACCUUCUAUUCUCCAAGCAGCCGUCACAGGCACAGAGGAUGUAUGAAAAAGCACUGCAGAUUUCUGAAGAAAUGCUAGGAGAAAGACACCCACAGACCAUCGUGCUGAUGAGUGACCUGGCUACCACCCUGGAUGCACAGGGCCGCUUCGAUGAGGCCUGCGUUUAUGUGCAGAAGGCGUCCGACCUGGCGAGGCAGAUAGAGCACCCCGAGCUGCACAUGCUGCUCAGUAACCUGGCCGCCAUCCUGAUGCACAGAGAACGAUAUGCACAAGCAAAGGAGAUCUACCAGGAAGCGCUGAAGCAAGCAGAGCUGAAAAGAGAUGAGGUUUCUAUGCAGCACAUCAGGGAAGAGUUGGCUGAGCUGUCAAGAAAAAGUAGACCUUUAACUUAAUUUUAUGAAGUGCUAAAUCCCUUUUUGUUGUAGGGAAUUUUCAGCAACAGUGAUAAUUCUGGUCUCAGUGACACCCAAAUCAAUGGCUUAAUCCUUUCUCCUUGAUAUUCAAGUUUUGUCAACUUAGCUGUGGUGAAGGACAAGUUGUGUACACUGCCACUUUUGUCGUUUUAAUGGAAAAACAACUUUCACCCCUGGCUGAUUCCGACUUCUAAGGACAGAUGUCAAGUGAGGUGCCGUGUGUGUGCUGGUCUCAGUGUAGUGGGGUGGAGACAGUCCAGUUUUCUGUGGGUGGGUGUGUGCGGAUUCAGCCAGGCAUCUCUAGCCUCUGAUUUUGGUCUGUUGAUUUGCUACCCUCUUUUUCAUUUUAUCGAUAUCUGGCAGAGCAGAGCUACCUGUCUCAUGGCAAAGAGGGAUUAUGGUGAGUUCUUUUUCUUCUCUAUUUCAUGAAGCCCAGUGUGGGAUGUAAUGCGUAACAGAGCAAAAGUAUUGUCUUGGUUUGUACCAGCGUCCAGCAUGAAGUCUUAAAGUAGGAAUUAGGCCCUUGAAAAUACACCCAUUUCACUAUAAAUAAAAGUGAACUGUAUGUUUUUAGAUCUGGUGACAUAGGACUAUGAAAAAGAGGGGAAAAGGAAUGAUAUGAGCUCUGGUCAGUGCUGUUGGAGCACUCCACUCCCUCUGCAGCCUGGGUCCCUGAACAGAGUCCUGUGCACGUGCCCAGGCUGCACCCCGACACCUUCGGUCUCAGGGUAGGGCCUCACAAGUGUAAUGUGUAAGAUACCCCUGGUAAUUCCAAUAUGUAAUGCUGGUACAGUAAGGAUCACUGAUCUGGAUCCUAGUCCUGGCUGUUUGCAUUUGGGUCUCUGUUCUCAUCUAUAAAGGAAGGGACCAGUGAGGGUCUCUCGGGGUCUCGGGAGAGUGUAUUUGGUCAGAUGACCUUGAAUGAAUAGACUACUGUGUUGAAAGAGCCUUAUCACACUGCCUCAGAUGCAUAAAGCAUAUGCACACAAGCUAGGUAAUGGAUGUUCUGACCUCCGAAGUCUUGCAAAGAGCCAUUUGCCUAAGGGAGAGGCGAUUUUUGUAGGUGCCGUGAAGGAACACUAUUACUGUUGGUAAGCCUUCGGGGGUGGGGGUGUGAGUGGGAAUGAUAAACAGAUAUUUUUGUUUCCUGUGUAAAUACUGGAAGAAUCCUUUCAUAAUAAACUAGAGACUCUACAACAACA